CACAUUUCUACCACCAGCAAUGCAUGUUCUAUUCACAUUUCGGUAAACUGGAACGCGUCCCACGGUAGGCAACGUUCUUUGCUUUUUCGGAACACAUCACCUCAAUUGACAUUCCCAGUAUGUUCCGGACGUCAACAAACCCUCGGCACGCAACGGGACAGCCAUCAACAGGUGCGUCGCCGGCAUUCUGUUUGGCGUACAUAAACAACGGCAAUGGCAGGGCUGGCUGUCGGUUUCACCAUCGCUACGCCGAAAGGAAAAACCAUAGCAACCCCCGGGCCGGCUUUCCGGUCGGUUGUCAACGGCAACGGCUGUAGACGGUAUACGACGCCACCCGUUUCAAUCAACGGUUGGCACUUUGGCGUGCAUUCACUCGCCGGGCACCGAUUGCAGCGAAACGCGUUGGAGCGGAAAAUCCGAGAGUUCUCGUUUGUGGGGUUUUUUUGUGCUGGAAAGUAAAGAAAGAUUGGGACACUUUUCGUGCACGGUUGGUUUGUUCUGGAAGCACAGCACCUUGCGGUGGUUGACACACAAAGAAAAGUGUUCUACACUUGGUGCCGCUAGUUGCCCGGUAAGAAACCCGGACAGGAACGGAAAACAAUACAGCAUGGAUCCGGUGCUACUCGAGCGCGAACGCGUUCUGUUCCGGCUGAACGAGGAAAUAAACGCCAAGUCACGGGGCCUGUUCGAGCUGAACGAGAACGUCAGCUGGAUGACAACGAAGCGCCGGUUGCGCCACGGCCUGAAGAAGCUGAACAAUGUGGCGGCGGCGGCGGCGGCGACGGCGGUGGUCGGGCCGGGCGAUGAGUCGUCCUCCUCCGAGCUGGGCGCUUCGAUCGAUACGACCGAUAAGGAAAGUGGAAUCGGUGGUGGAAGUGUGGGCGGCAGUGGCGGUGGCAGUGCUGCUGCCGGUGCUUCGGACGAGGACCCGGAAUGUGAGGAACGCUCGUCGGCCGUCAUCUUUGCGGUGGUGCGCGAUGGGGAGAAGGAUACGUACGGUGGAGGUGUCCAGGAACCGGCCAGCACGUUGACGACCCUCACCGAGAUUCGGUGCGACGCAAUACAGGAAGAGUGCACGCGGGCCAAUAACAGUAACACUACCACCACCAACCAGCAGCUGCAGCUGGUGAAGGUCACGACCGUUUCGGUGGAGCGCAAGGUAAGCAAUGGCCAGCGGGGCAGUGGUAGCGGUGGUGGUGUAGGCGGUGGCCCCGGUCCGGGUGGUGGAAUGCUGAUCGCAAGCAAAUCGGUGACAUCGGCCGGGACGGCGGCUCGCAAUCUCAGCAAAAACAUGGCCGACGUCGUACCGAAGGUGCUGGAGAAGAAGAACAUCAGCUCGGAGGGACUGAUCAAGUUUCUCAAGUCCAAAGUCGCCAUCCUUCAGACCGAGCUGGAAGCGAGCCAGAAGCAGAACGAGGCGAAUGUCAAGGAUCUUAAUUUGGCGCUCGAUCGGUUGAAGCAGCUCGAGGCGGUGAAGGAACAGCUGCUGACGAAGAAUGGGGCGCUCGAGCGCACGGUCAAGAAGUACGAGGAGCGCAACGUGGAGCUGGACAAACUGCUAAAGGAAAAGGACGCCCAGCUGAACGUCUCGGCGAAGGAGCUGUACGGUGCGCGGUCCGAGAUACGCAACCUUGCCAACCACAACCAAACGCAGGACCGGCGGCUGCUCAAGGCGCAGGAGGAGGUCGAAAGUUUGCGCAUCAAGCUGAGCAUUGCGAACGACUCGGAAAAGGAAACACGGGACGCCGCCCGACAGGAACGGCUCACGUACGAGAAGCAGAUUCGGCAACUGCGCAAACAGCGAACCGAGGUGCUGGCCGACUACAAGAAGCUCCUGCUCAGCGUGGACCAGCUGAAGAAGCAACAGUUCAACCAGGAACAGUCGAAGCAGAUGAACGAUUUCGAGCAGGACUAUCUGCGGCAUCUGGACGGGGCGGCAACAUCACCACCACCACCAGCAUCGCGACCGUCAGUGCAGUAGGGCCCCGUUGAGUGCAAGUUCGAGCUUCGAUAAUAAAGUAACCCUAGCAUAGAUUCCUCUCUUAUGCCUUCGUACAAGUCACCCGUUCACGCCCUUUUAAUCGGUCAUCACGCUUUUAAGACACCGCAAAUGGUGGGGGAGCUGAGAAAGGGGGAGGCUUUUUUCCGAUUAGUCAUUCCACGACCGGAACGACAAUUCGCAAAAAGACCCAGGGCAGGAGAGCGAUGCACGUUUGCAUUCCAAUGCCUCGAUGCAGCUUGUCGAUUUGGGGUGGACGGGGUUUUGGUGGGGUGUGCAAUGGAGACAACUGGAAGGCAGGCAUGUGUGUUCUUCCUGUAUCGAAUCAAUGCACCGAAUCGCUUGCAUAUGCACGAAGCCACUGUACAUCGCCUGUAAGACCGUUCCUGGAAAAUGGCCAAUAAAAGUCGUAAAGGGGUUGUUGGGCGAGCAACGAAAAUGCUGCAAAAACAUGCUCAAACGUACAGCGUCGGAGGCAG